AUGAAUCAAUGGAACUCGGGCACCACGGGCACCGUAUGUCUGCUCAUGAACUGGGUCAUAUACACUGGCUGGUUGGGAGAUUCGCAGGCCUGUCUUGUCUUCACUCCAGGCCAGCUGGAAUCGCCUCAUGCUGUGUUUUCAGAUCUCUCAGCAUGGACGUCUAAUGACUAUAAAAAAUCGGUAUCACUGUGGCCAAAUUCUGCACAUUCAUCUCUACAGGUCACUGAACCGAUAGCGACGGUCACAACUGCAGCUGUAGAAGAGGCAGGAUCGCCUUUAUUGCCUGUUACUUCUUUGAAUUCCGUAAAUAUCAAUGGGAACAUCUGGCCAUUCGAUGAUGAAUCGGAACUUUUAAAACAACCAGGUUUAGAGAUCUAUUGGUUAUACUAUUUUUCACUGACUCGCAUGACAUUUCAUUGA